AUGGACCCCCAUUGGGCUGUUACCACUUCGUCUGGCCGACGAGUGUCUUUGCUUUGCGGCGAGCCCGACGAGAAGCUUGCCGACGGACUCGACUACCCUUCCCCUUCGUACGCCUCCAGUUCUCCCACGCCUCCUCCGUCGCCCGAUUAUCGCCGGCCGUACGCUCCCCUCCGAGCUGAUUCGAUCGGUUCCACCUGCUCCUCCACUUCGUCGCUCGCCACCGUAUCCUCCCAGGGUCUCUAUUCUCCGAAGACGCCUCCGGACAUGCACCUCCCGCCGCUCGACAAGCUACUGCCCGUUCCCGAGACUGUGAUCUUCAACACCAGAUACGGCUCCGACAUGGGCUCCCCAGUACUUGCUUCUGCCGUGAUGGGCGCCGCCGCUUCGGUGGACGGUAGCUUGUCGCCAACCAGCACGCACGCCACCACCAUCUCGACACCGCCUUCGCCAAAGACCACCGUCGCCACCCCCGCGAUGAAGCGGUCAUCCCGCCGCUACACUUGCCAUUGCGGUAAGUCCUUCACCACGUCCGGCCAUCUUGCGCGCCACACCCGCAUCCACACCGGCGAGAAGAACUACGUCUGCCCCGAUGCCGGUUGCGCGGCACGGUUCAGCAGGCAGGACAACUGCAUGCAACACUAUCGCACCCACCAGAGCGGCUCCGGAAACAAGCGUGCUGCCAGGAAGCGAAGGAUGUCGACCGAAACGCUAUCUUCGCAGCGAAGGAUGUCGACGGACACGCCCACUCACUGCUACAACGUCCCUUCGCCGUACAUGUACGCGAAUUACUUUGAACCGUUCGGCUCCGAUGGCGGACUGACAGCGCUGGCAAACGUUGCGUGUUCCGGAUAUUCAUGA